AUGUUCCGGACCGUCCCGUGGUCUCACCUGAAUCCCCUGAGCCUCGCCCUGCAGCCCUACCUUGGUCUCUCGUGGUCUUUCGUGAUGCGGAGAGCUGGUGAGGUGGGUGCGCAAACCAGCUUCGAGCUUUGUGAGAACAAGCGAGGAGCCCUGCGGAGGGUCUUUGCGCGCAUCUCCUUGAGCCGGCCUGAGUACGCCAAGGAGCGAAAGAAGCCGCUCUCGAUGGCGCAACACUUCCACUUCGAGGAUUAUUUCUGCUGGCUCCCCAUCCCCACGAAGAUCGCCGAGGGCAUGGUGAUGAAGCACGGCCAUGUGGAUCACGCGCACAUGGCCUGCUUCGAGGGCCACAUCGCCAAGUUCCGCAGCUUCCUGCGCCGGGCGCUGAAAAGGCACACCUUGGGCCGUCAGAGCCCCUAUGAGGCAGUGCCACAGGAUGCGGAUUCUGCCGAGCUCAACGUCUAUCCCGAGGCAGCGCCGGGAUCGACGAUGGGCAUCAUCCAACGCGAUACGAAUGGCUUUUGGCACUACUUGGCAUUUCGGCCGGUGCUGGCGAGUGGUUCCUCAGAAGCCCUACGGCAGGAGCUGGGCCGGAAGCGUCUGGUCAUGCUCUUGGGCGGCGAGCAUGCGGCGGCAGAUCUCCUGGCCUCCGAGUCCACAGACACCGCGAGGUCAGUGCUGUUGCGGCCCUUGGUGCCACCAAGGCCUAGGAAGUAUUUGUUGCCGGAGGCGCUCCUGAAAGCAACUCCAAAGUCGGAGGGGCAGGAGAGGAGUCCGCAGAGUGCCAGUCGAGGACGGAACAUGAAAGAGCUGCCGUAUGCGCUGGGAGGAAGCUACCAAGCCAUGACUUCCUCGCCGACCUUGCCGUCCUACCUUCAUGGGGACGAGGGCCAGAACUCCAACCCCACCACCCAGUCCUGGGCUGCGAAUGGCAGGAGUUGA